GCCGGCCCCGCCGCGGGCGGGCGGCAGCAGCAGCGCUCGCCGGGGCGGCCGCUCCCGACGGCUGCCCCGAGGACCGGACCUCCCCGCGGCAGCAGAGUGUUCCCAGGACCUGAUGGAUUUCUGAUACCUCGCUCCUGAGGGGCUGGAAGGAGCAUGGUUAAACACCAACCGCUGCAGUAUUACGAGCCACAGCUAUGCUUGUCGUGCCUGACGGGAAUCUACGGCUGCCGCUGGAAACGGUACCAGCGAUCACAUGAUGACACUACCAAGUGGGAGCGCCUCUGGUUCCUAAUCCUCACCUCCUCCUUCUUCCUGACGCUGGUCUGGUUUUACUUCUGGUGGGAAGUUCAUAAUGACUACAAUGAAAUCAACUGGUUUUUGUAUAACCGAAUGGGAUAUUGGAGUGACUGGUCCAUUCCAAUACUUGUAACAACUGCUGCUGGCUUUACAUACAUUACAGUGUUAUUGAUACUAGCACUAUGUCACAUAGCCGUGGGACAGCAAAUGAACCUGCACUGGCUUCACAAGAUUGGCCUGAUGACGACCUUGAUAACUACUGUGGUGACCAUGUCAUCGAUAGCACAGCUCUGGGAUGACGAAUGGGAGAUGGUAUUUAUUUCACUUCAAGCCACAGCUCCUUUCCUGCACAUAGGAGCACUCGCGGCGGUCACGGCCCUGUCGUGGUUGAUAGCUGGGCAGUUCGCAAGAACAGAGAAAGCCACUGCUCAGAUGCUGAUGUUCACUGCAUACCUCGCAGUUGUAGUUGCACUUUACCUCGUCCCUCUCACCAUUUCAUCCCCUUGCAUUAUGGAGAAGAAGGCUCUAGGACCAAAGCCGGCCAUUAUAGGUCAUCGUGGAGCACCAAUGUUGGCACCAGAAAACACUCUGAUGUCCUUCCAGAAGGCAGUGGAGCAGAAGACAUAUGGAGUCCAAGCUGAUGUUGUACUGAGCUACGAUGGAGUGCCAUUUCUGAUGCAUGACAAGACACUCAGGAGAACAACUAAUGUGGAGGAAGUGUUUCCAGAGCUGGCCUACGAGCACGCCUCCACGUUCAACUGGACUGACCUGGAAAAGCUCAAUGCUGGAGAAUGGUUUCUAAAGAAUGACCCUUUCUGGACGGCUGGGUCUCUCUCAAGGUCUGACUACUUGGAAGCUGCCAACCAGUCUGUCUGCAAAUUGGCAGAUAUGCUAGAGGUGGUCAAGGACAACGCAUCGGUCAUCUUGAACUUCCAGGACCUGCCACCUGCUCAUCCUUAUUACAGCACUUACAUCAACAUCACCCUGGAAACCAUCCUGGCAUCAGGAAUUCGGCAGCAGGCUGUGAUGUGGCUGCCAGACGCAGAGCGGCAGCUGGUCAGACAGAUUGCACCGGGUUUCCAGCAGACUUCUGGCCUCAAGCUGGACACGCAGCGCAUGAAAGAGAAAGGAAUCGUGAAACUUAACCUGCGUUACACCAAGGUCACAAACGAGGAUGUCAGGGACUAUGCCACAGCGAACCUGAGUGUGAAUCUCUACACUGUGAACGAGCCCUGGCUGUUCUCCAUCCUGUGGUGCGCCGGCGUCCAGUCGGUCACCUCUGACAGCUCCCACAUCCUUCGCAAGGUGCCUUCUCCCAUCUGGCUAAUGCCUCCAGACGAGUACCGUCUAAUCUGGAUCACAUCUGAUCUCAUUUCCUUUAUCGUAAUUGUAGGAGUUUUUAUAUUCCAGAAGUGGCGCCUAGGAAGUAUCAGGACUUACAACCCAGAGCAGAUCAUGCUCAGUGCUGCUGUGCGCCGGUCCAGCAGGGAUGUCAAGAUCAUGAAGGAGAAGCUGAUCUUCUCAGAGAUCAACAACGGUGUGGAGAACACGGAUGAACUGUCGCUCUGCUCUGAGAACGGCUACUCCAAUGAGAUGGUGACCCCCACAGAUCAUCGGGACACCAAAUUGCGGAUGAACUGAGGAGCUCGGACCCAACGCCGCAGCUUGGCCAGCUCCCCGCGUUCCCUUGGGCUCCGAGAGCCGUGCUCUCCUGCCUGCUCCGGGAUGGGAACCUUUGAGGAACUGCUGGUUGGGCAGACACCCCUUCCCGUUCUCCCAUCGGCAGCCACUCCACCUCCCUGGUUGUGAGGUUGUGGGGCUUUUUUGUAAAUAUGUAGAAAGUCCAAUUUUUUUGUCUUUUUUGAGUGUAUCUGUUUUUCCAGGGCAUAAAUGGAAAUACCUUGUUCAUUAAAUCAUCCACCUUAUGGCUGAAGUUAUUUGAAUCUUGACAUAACAGCCUUGGGGAGCCCGGGGAAAGCAGGUGGGACGUGACUCCCCUUUCUCUCCCCGCUCGACUCCACUCCUUUCCUUGGUGCAACGACUGUGUAGCUGAACUCUGUUUAAAACGUACAUUGUGAAGUUCUUGUGAAAUGUUGUUUUUAUUCUUAUUUUGUUUUUUGUUGUUGUGUUUUGUUUUUUUUUCCCCCCUUCCUGGGCAAUGAAGUUUUAGCUCUACUUUAACAGGAGGCUGUUUGGAGGCGAGAGAAGAUAGCGCUGCUCUUCCCUGCUGAAGUUCAGAGCUGGGGGAGGAAUUGCACUGGCUUGUUCGUUUGGGCACUUUCUCCCUGUUCUGUCCCCCUUUCCCAAAACAAUGAUUUCAGGAGAAUGGCCUUUUUGGAGAAAAAUGACCAGUCGCAGUUUUAAGGCAAAUGGCUGUAAACUGGUAUCCACUGGCAGCAAUGAUUUGAUUUCUUUUUUUUUUUUUUUUUUUUCCCUCUCCCUUGGGCUCUAUCAAGAGCCCUGAUGGCUUGCAAAAAGCAAUGCCGUGGGUGCCACCACUGCUCAGAGAUCUGGCUAAAGUGCCUGCCACUUCAAGUGGCAUUUGCAGUCACUCCUGGCUUUGCCUGUCCUUGCACCUGCCGAAGAAGAGGUGACAUUACAGUGCGAGCUUGUGCCUUUUGGGGCCCAGCCAGGAGGAUUGAAGGAUUUGUAAAUAGUUUGGCAGGGGAAAUGACCUAGGAAAAUAAUUUAUUCCCUCAAGGAGGCCUUAUCUCCUUGCUUUCAAAGCAGAAUGUUCUCGAGGCUGCAUGUUAGUGUCCUCCAAAGGAGUGGCAGUCUUGCAGCAGAUGCUGAGGGGCUUAUGAAGGCGAGAGCUCUCAUCAGCAUUUUUCCAAAGCAAGGGGCUAUAAACCAAAAUCCUAGACCAGAGAUUUAAAAAAACAAAACAAAACAAAAAAAACCCGCAGAAACUAAGUAGAUUACAAUUGCGUUUUUCCCCUUCUUGCAAGAGCCUGCAGCUCUCUGCUCUUCAAGGCCUUGCUGAGAGGAGCCUGUUUUUGGGUCGCUUUGCUGUUCACACGGAGCCGGUUCCCAAGGCAGCUGGAGCCAGCCAAAAGGCUGCCGUUGGCGUGAAUAGGUUUUGGCUUGUUCCCCACAUCCUUCUGCUGUUGGAUAGUUUCUUUCCUUGCUGCAUCGCGGUUGACAUGAUGUGCAAUAUGAGAAGUCCCAUUGAUCACGGGCUUCCUUUGAAGUUUGGCGUGCACUGCCUUGAAAAUGUGGGGAAGUACAAAAGCCGCUUCCUAUGGAAGGAGCGGGAGCCAAGGCCGAGGCUCGGGGCACUGGCAGAGCCGGGGUUUCUCUGCAGAGCCUGUGCAGCUGAAGGAGGUGACCUUGCGGAAGAGAGGAGUGUUUCUGGGGUGCUGACGUGCAUCGCGUUGGACACCAAAUGCAGGUUUGGUAUAGCCAGAAACAAGACGUAAUGCAAGUUCUUAUCACGGCAGCACUGCACUGCUAAUUUUUUAGCUGUAAUCCAAUGGUGUUUGGAAAUCCCAGUCUAACGCUUAGUGCAGAAGAACUGGAGGCGAAACUGGCCAACUUAGCUGUGUGAAGGAAAUGAAAUGAAAUGUCAAAGUGACAGAAGAAGAACGCUCUUACUACUAAUGCAAGCAAGUCAUUAAACCUUAAUUGUGAUGCUGUAGUGUGCACACCCUAAGCAGUGCAAAUCAAGACUUUAAAUCAUUCAUAUCUGCCAUGGGUUUUUAUUUUUUUCAUGAAUGUAGGUGGACAAAGACCCCAGUUCGUGCUCCCUCUUACCUUCCUAGUACACUGUCCUUUCGUAUGGUACUCUUUCAAGCCUGUGGGAAAAAAAAAAGUGAUUUUUUUUUCCUGCAGAACUGCAAGAUUUUGGUGGAAUUGAAGGCCUUUGAGAACAAGUUGCUUCUCCCUUAAAUGUGGUGCUGUAUUGAAACAUUCCUGGCAGAUUGUCAUUGCCAAGUGAGAGACUUUGUUAAAUCUUGGCAUCUGUUGAUAGUCACCUGCAUGUUCUGUUCUUAUCCUGGAAGAUGAUUUUAUUGAAAGGUCAAGUGCUUAAAAGCUUGGAAGAGUAAAAAGCAAUCCAAUGAA